GUCUCUCUGAAUUGUGAUUGGUCACACGACAUAUGUGAGGCCCUCCAACAUCAAGAACGUGCAAUUAAUCAUGUAGGCUAAUUGGGAAUCACGUGGAGCAGACCGAGAGGGUUGGGGUUGGUUGAUGGUAGGAAGAAGAUGCUCCCUGGUCCUUUCUAUAUUGACCAAGAGUGGAAACUGACCAGGGGAGGGAUAAAGACGUGAUCCAACGCGGAGCGGGGCCCGACACGUCCAGGCAAAAACACAGGGGGGACAGGGACUGAUAUAGACUAAAGACAAGCUGGACCGAACAUGGCAGAAGGAGUCUGCAAGACCGAAGAGGAUGAAGGACCAAGUACCGAGGAGGAUUCGGAAUCUUUCCACGGUGUCGGCGUAUGUAAAUGGUUUAACGUGCGCAUGGGCUUUGGGUUUUUGUCCAUGACCAACCGAGAGGGGGUCCCGCUCGAGUCUCCGGUCGAUGUGUUCGUCCAUCAGAGUAAGCUGCACAUGGAGGGCUUCCGCAGCUUGAAGGAGGGCGAGGCGGUCGAGUUCACCUUCAAGAAGUCAGCCAAAGGCCUGGAGUCCCAGAGAGUCACUGGGCCAGAGGGCACACACUGUGUGGGCAGCGAGAAGAGACCCAAAGGCAAGAGCGUCCAGAAACGGCACUCCAAGGGAGAUAGGUGCUACAACUGCGGAGGCCUGGACCACCAUGCCAAGGAGUGCAAGUUGCCGCCCCAGCCCAAGAAGUGCCAUUUCUGCCAGAGCAUUUCCCACAUGGUCGCCAACUGCCCAAUCAAAGCACAGCAGUCCUCGCCACGUUCUCAGGGAAAGCCCUCCUCCUUGAAAGGGGACGAGGAGGAACACGGCCACUCGGCCCCUCCCCCCGUGAGCUCCGAUUGAACGAGGAGACGCAGGAAGGAAGCUUGGGGAAGCUUUACUGGAUAGAUGGCCGCUAAGUUUCCUUUCAACUGUAUAAGACGCUUUUGGAACUACCUCAGGUUUUUGUAAACAAAACGAUCAUGAAGAAAGAAUGUUGCUGAAUUUAAUAUUUUGUGGUAUAACUCUCACAAAUACAGCUGUAUUAUUAUAGCACUCAGGAAAUAUUUGUAAAAAUGUAUGGAACCGCUAUUGAGGGGUUUAAAUUUGUAAUAAGUUAUGGCACAUCACAUAUUAUUUUGAUGUCUUUAUAGAAUAGAAAGUUGUUUAUUUUUCACUGAGAAGAUCAUGAGAAACCAUGCCACUCACACUAGUAUGCUACUAUACUAAACUCACCAGGAAGCUUAAAAUCACAGUGUCAAGUAGAUAGCUAAACACUUUUGCUGUCUUACAACUUCUUGACUUUCCUGAUUGUUACACCCCACUAUAUCCGACGAAGACAGAGUUGUGACACUACACCUCUGCAAUGGGUGGUAAUGGGCGGGCACAUCCGAACCAAUACAUAGGCAAUGUAUUGGCGGCUACCAAUAUUGUUGGUGACCAUGCAGAUGUCCUGGGGACAAAUGAAUGUCAAAACAAAAAGUAUGGCAUUUAUGGCCAGCUUUCGGUUGUUGUUGUGGUUGCGUCAUUUCUGUUUCAUGUCUGAUCUGCUGCUGCUACAUUACAACCAUACUCGAGAACCCUACAGGUGUAGGAUCUUAAUUUGAUCACUCUUUUUGUUGCUGAGAAUUUUCCCGCACACUAGGAAAUGCAACUUGUAGUGUAUCCAAGACUUCUAAAGUUUGUGAUUUCCACUUGAAAAUGUCAAGACUUGAUUUUCCCUAAAGAAAUAUGUAUCAAUCCUUCAAUCAAUCCAUUCAUUAUAAUCCACAUGAUAAUUCACAUUUCCUGUUGCUGUAGAUUUAUUUUCCUGCAGUAGCAAACUGCCUUAAAUUAAGAUCUUACAUCUCUAUAAUCAACUUCAUCAUCCUCUGCUCAUCAGUAUUUGGAAUUUAAUCACUGACUCCAGUAAUCACACCAAUACCUGUGAAAUGUAUCAAACAUAAGUAAUUUAUCAUGUAGAAAUCAGAUGCAAGAUUUUAACGGAUUACUGAGGUUGAUUCAUAAAUCUACAUAAUCAUACUUGUCCUGGUUAUACUUGACAGUCGAAGCAGCAGCAGCAUCAGGCUUUGUCUACUGUCUUAGAAAAAAAGGUGCUGCUUAGAACCAUAAGGGUACUUCGAAUGAAAAAGGCUGCAUGUAGAACCCUUUCCCACCACAAAGAACCCCUUUGAGAACACAUUUUUUCAAGAGUAAAAGCGGGAGCAACACAUUUUUAUUCACUGUCGUCAAUUACUAGGUACUUAUUUAAGACAUUGCCUCCAAAGCUGCUUGUGAGGACUACACAGGAACACCACAGUCGUAUUCACAAGGCACCAAACGGAAGAAAAUGGACUGAAACAGGGAGGGACUACCAGAUUUUGUCCAAUAAGAAACGCUUGUUUUCGUUUUUUUGCGAAUCGUUUCUGCUACGGCGUGCACUAAUGAAAAUCGACCCAGCCCUGCAUGGAGGUGCAUGUAGAACUAGCUAAGCCAAUCAGCCUUUACUCCCGUUUUACAGGAGAAGCUGAAAGACAGACCUCUAACAUCCAAUUAAUAUAUAUUUAGAAUUAUUAUGAAGCCUUUUAAAAAUAGUCCUUGUUAUUUAUUUGUAUCUAAAUUGCGCUGCAGCUUCUCCUCAUAUUCAGGUUAAGGUCACUCCGUGAUUGCCUGGUCCCAGCUCUGUUUGUGCUGUCUUGCCAACUCCUAUGGUCAUUGUUACGCCAAACAAAAACAGAUCUAGGACCAGGUUAACUGUGGUGGGUUUUCCAUCCCAUACUAGACAUACUAGACAUCAGAUAUCUUAGCCAUUCGUGUCUGCCUUUAUCUUAUUCAAGGAAACACCUCAAAUCUAAGUUUGUCAGAUACCUCAAAGGGGUCUCCUGUUGAGAUAAAUCCAUGUCCCAGGCUAGUUUUGUAUCCAGCCAUGCCAUAAUCCAAAAUGGAAUUGCAGUGCUUAUCUUUUCCAUUAAUUUGGAGUUGAGGCAUAUAGCUGGAUCUACACCACCAAUGGCAUAGGAUGUGGAUUCAUCUUGACAUAAGACUACUUUUGUUGUCUAAAAACAUCUCACAAAGUUUAGAAUGACCCCUUUAAUAACUCUGUUGUUCUCUUUACUUUGCCUUGUAUGAUUUACUGCUACACACAAUUAGCGUUCCAGUGUUGUGAAUCUUCUCUUUUUAUCUAUGCCAAAACCAAUGCAAAUGUCACUCUUGCACUAAUCAUGUAGGAGAUGCAUUGUUGUAUUCUAUUCUAUUCAGUUUAAUCUUAUGAAUAUGUGUUCCAUAUUUUAUAUUUUGAUACCAUACAAGAUACGUAUGGUAUGGUAUGUAGGUGGUGAACGAAACGUAUACAUAACCUCCACUCAGGCUCGUCUCUCAGGAAUCACAAAUCUGACAACUCAGGGAAUACUUCAGAUUUUUUUUCGAAGGCUUGGAUGGAGGAGGGUUGGGGAGGGACGGGAUUGGGGUGCAAUGUUUGUCUAUAUUAGUUGUAUGUGUGCAGUGAAAGACAAGGGCGUGUUCGUUCUGGUGCCAAAUCAAAGUGCAUGACAAGAAAACGGUAGAGGACCUCUGGGUCCAGUUUUGAAUGUCUCGGCAUAACAGUAAAACUAUUUUUCUCUAAUCCGCACAAAAUGGUUUAAAAUGGCAGUCAAUCAUGAAGAAUAAAACAAAUUCAUAGCGUGUCCUUAAAACUAGUCUUCAAAUGUUUUGACACGUGAGACGAUAUGAGUUAUUACACACUAUAUUAAAUACUUAUACUUUGUCAACAUAUCUAAUACCACAUCUGCUGAUGUUCUCUAUUAUUUUGCCCUACAUAAUAAUAUGUCAUGACAGGCCUAUACUAUUCCUCUAUUAUUGUAUUUUUUCCCUCUAUAAUCGUUGUUGAUGGGGAGUUUAUGAGAAUAUUGUUACCAAAUUAAAGGAUUGGGUUAGUAGUAUUAGACAUAUUGGGGUUGUCUCGUCUCAAUAGGUGGAUUGCCCAGAUUGUUGUUAUUGGGUGAUGGGAUAUAUUAUUUCCCAAGUCGUACAGGUUUAAGGAAGUGAUACAUGUUUUAACUCAGGAUUUUGUCAUGCAAAGAAAUGUGUUGAAAGCACAUGUCCAUUGAUUCAGUCAUGUGGGGGACUAUAUCGCACAUAGAACUCAUGUGUAUAAUAAGAUUCAAGUUUUUUUAAAUGAACAUGUGUACUUGCCGGGAUUAGAAAAUGUUGCCGUAUGAAUGUCAAUGAAGGGAAAGCCUGAUUGCCACUGAUGACCUAAACCCUUCCCAUUAACAAAGAGACGCACAACUCACAUGCAUUUUGCUCAUCUCUGGUUAGUAAAAGCCCUCUGAUGGUUAAAUUACAUCAGAGUUGUUUCACAAUGUGAAACAACUCUACUAUCUCUCAAAUUCUCCACUGUGGACUGAUGAAAAGUAAUAUUACUCAUUUCUGCAGAGGACAUUGCUUAGAUCAUAACACUGUUUCACUGUUCUGGACUAGUAGAAAUAAGCAAGUGCCAAACUGAAUGAAUAUAACGUAAACAAAGCUGUUGUACCUCAAUAACUAUAUUUGCUAAAUUGGUAUCUUGUAUGGCACAGCUAAAGUUGUUUUUGAGCCAUGUGUGUUUGAGCAAAACUGUUUUACCUCAACCUAUUUUGACUCCCCAUUGAUGUGUUGUUGUCACAUUGUGAUUUGAUUGUUGAUUGUUAGAUGGGUUAGAUUUAUCUUAAAAGACAAAGGACUGAGUAUAUUAUUAUGUCCUCAGGGUUACGUGGAAACCACAGAAAAACAUAUAGGCUACUGCAUACACAAGUGACUCUUGUGUCAUGUUUAUGCUUUUUGUGCUAUUACAUAAUUUGUGAUCAUGGGCCAUUUGAUGCAGUUGUGUGGUAUCUAUGGGGGAUGUUGCCUGUCAUUUCCAAAGAAUGUGCAUUUGUUAUACUGAGGAAUGUAUCAAUGUUUACUGCCAUAAACCUUUGGCUCCUGAACCAUAUAAUCUUAUGCUCAGGUAUCUCAAGCACCUCAGGAUACUGGGAUGAUUGGUUGGAUUCACUUCCUCAUUUCGUUAAAUGGUGUAAUGCAUGCAUUCCAAAAAAACUGUGACUAACAGUUUAAUGAUUUGUGAAGAUACAAUUUUCCUACUAGUUAAUAAAAAACAUCUGACAAUAUUUAA